AUGAAAAAACAUUUCUUUAUUUUUCUACUUUUUGUUUCCUUCCAAUCUACAUGGGCUAACGAGCUUUUGCCUGUAUCCGCAUAUGGUUCAAUUCCAGAAAUCAGCAAGGUAGUUAUCUCCCCAAGUGGCGAUAGCAUUGCUUAUCGUAAGACUAAUGGCGAAAAGGACAUGGUUAUUACCUAUAGCCUUAAAGACAAAAAGGUAACAGGUGGCAUUGAUGUUUCAGAAAUUCGCCCCAGCCAUAUCUAUUUCGUAAAUGAAGAUACUUUGAUCCUUGUGGCUGUAGACAAUACCAAAUUAUUUGGUUUUCGUGGCAGGCACAACAUCAGCGCCGGAUUUUCCUAUCGAAUUUCGAAAAAUAAGGUGGGACAAUUACUUGUUCCAGGAAAGGGGAUUUAUGAAGGGCAAACAGCCUUAGGUAACGUCGUAGGAAUUUCUAAUGAUGGUCGGUUUGCAUAUAUGCCGGCAUGGAAGACUGGCGGUGAAUAUGCACUGAUGAAAGUAAAUCUUGCUGGUAAGCGUAAACCAAAAAGUGUUAAAAGAGGCAUGUUUGAAGCGAUUGAUUACUUCAUUCAUGACGACAAAAUUCUAGCGCGUGAAUUGUACAAUAAUGAGAAAGACAGACAUCGGGUUCAGACCUUAAUUGGCAAUAAAUGGGUCACAAUAUUUGAAGAAGAGGCUGAAAUUAAGACAAAGGUUUUUGUUGGUAUAACCUCAGAUCUGCAAAGUUUAGUUUUUGAAGCCUAUGGGAGCAAUCAGCGUAUUGGCUAUUAUACAAUGGCUUUAGCUGAUGGAAAAAUAUCGGGCCCGGUUUUUAAUCCCGAUGAUAAAGAUAUUGAAUAUGUCAUCACUGAUGUUAACCGGAUUGUACACGGA